AUCAAAACUAGAGCCAAUGAAUGUGUAGACAAUAUACCUGGCUCCAGUAAAGCUAUGAGAGAUGCAAUCGAUAUGAUAAAAACAGCACAAAGUACAAUACUAGAACACACAGACAUGUUCACUGAAUCCACCAAGCUGUCCCCUACCACAGUGAUUACACUAGAAAAGACAACACCAGACAUUCCAGAUAAGAAAGCUCCAAUAUCUGUUGAAUAUAAUCCAGAAACAUCAAGAAGACUAAAGGAUAUUGAAACAGCUUUAUCAUCCCUUCAAGAUACAAAAAAAAGACUGAAGAUGACAUAUCAGAAAUUAAACAAUGGAGAGACAACUUUGUAACAGAACAAAAUGAUAUAGGGAUAAAAGUUGAAAACUUGUCUAAGAAACAAAAGCAGAAUUUUAAAAACUUAAGAAAACAGUUAAAAGAACAGUAUAACCAAAUAGAAGUUCUGAAUCAACAAAUAGGAAGUUUAAAAACGAAAGAAUCAGACACAGACAAAACACUGGAAAAACUGUCUCUAGAUAUGAAAGAAUAUGAAAACAACCUGCACACACUAAAUAAAGAGAUGAGAGUUUACACAGAUAAAACAGAUCAUGUAACACAAGAAAUUAAAAGACAUUCUGAUUUGAUAUCUGCUAUACAAGAAGAUACAACAAACAAAUUUGAUAAAUUAUUGUCUAAGCAUGUUGUAACUUGUAAACUUCUACAACAAAGAUUGAUGCCAAUUGACAAAAUAAUUGAAAUAUAUAAUCAAAACUAUGAGACUAGGGAAGGGAAAAUGAAGAAGCCUGAAACUGUGGAAAAAGAAGUUUUAAAACUAUCACAGAAUCCUCAAUCAAUUGCCAAUCAACAAGUGAAACCUUCUACACCGGGGUUUAUUGCUUCACAAGGUCGCUUGGAAGGGAAAAUGUAUGGCGGAUACCAAGUUUUUACAUUCAGAGCUCUUAAUGUUGGAGCUGGUGUUUAUCACAAAUCUGGCGGUAAGACGAAUUGGCUGGGGGAUGUUUGGACAAAAUCUAAAUCUGUUGAAGUUUCAAGGAAUUUUGAGGUUCGGGCCUCAUAUCCUCCAAAACACAAACUUCCCAUAGAGACGGAUAAUCCUGAAUACACUAUAGAGCCUUCAGAAUUUUGUUAG